AUGUCAUUAAAUAAUUCAAUUUUGCCAACAAAAAUAAAUCGUUUUGGAAGAAGAGAUUCUCUUAUUAAACAAGCCUCCCUAGAUCGAGAACAAAAUGAGGGGAUUCGACGUCAAAAUACUUUACGUAGUCGAAAAGAAUUAGAACGCUCAUUAACUAUUUGUAAAACGUUAUUACAAUGUUUAAAUGAUGAAAGUGUUGAAUUAAUUAAAAAUGCAAGUGAAGAAGAACAAUUAAAUUUACUUUUAAUUUUAAAUUGUUUAGGUAGGUAUUCAAUUAAAUUUGUGUUAUUCAUUAAAAGUUUUAUUAAAACAAAUUUUUUAAUGGAACUAUAA